GAUGUUGCUGCCCUAUCUCAGGAAGACUCUCAAGCUAACAGGAACUAAGUAUGGCUGUGGUGGAGGAGGCUGUGGAUCGUGCACUGUGAUGAUUUCCAAAUAUAAUGCCCAAGAAAAGAAGAUUCUGUAUCCUUAUCUUAAGUGUUUAAGCACUGUCAUUGUGGGAUCCUCCAUUGAGAUAGAGCAGACUGAAGCAGGCACAACCCAGUUCUGUAAAUCAGUGCAAAAGGUAAAGGAAGGAAAAGGAUCGACUAGAAUCACAACAGUGUCAAUGAACACCCUAGACUGAAACACUGAAUAAUGAAUAAUGAAAGAUUCUUUGCCUAGAUGUUUGAGGAACAUGAAAAUCUUGUGGUCCAACAUACUUGCAUCAGAUUUCAGAAACCUCAUGAUGAGACAGAGAACCAGAUAGAGAGUAACAGAGGGAAAGUGAGAUGGAGAGAGAGAUGGACAAGUAGGAGAGUAAGACAAAUCGAAACAGAGACAUUGAGAGAGACCAAGGGUGAAACUUUAACGGACCUGUUUGCAAUUGAAAGGAUCUUUUCUGUAGCUCUUUAACUCGUCUGCGGGCAUUAAAUUCUUAGCUUCAGGUUUUCUUACCAAUCGCAGGAUACAGUUAUGAUGUAAACCUGCACGCAAUCAAUGAAGGCUCUCUAUUUAAAGGGACCUUACAAGGGUUAGAUUAUUUACAAAAAAGCUCACUGCUGAACCAAAUUGAAGGCAGAGAUGGAAGGUGUCUCAGGAAGGUUGUCCUUUUUUUUUAAAAUUCUCUGCUGCAAGUCAUAUAGGAGGAGCUCAGAACCAGCAGAUAGAUUAUCUCCUCUGUGAACAGGAGGAGAAAGCCAAGAAUCCAGUGAAUACAGUGUGGCUGGAAGUAGUGGAAGUUGUGAUUAGCAGGAAUGUGAUUGGGACCACAACCUGAUUCACUGUAGUAAAAGGUUACAUGAUCUUUUCUUAUCCAGAAAGUCGAGUGUUCAUCUGAUCAACAUUUCUUGCAAUGAACACCUUCCUAUCUCUCCAGGUACCUCCUCAAAACUCCACCUGAAUGGAUGACGCUCAUGUUCACUUUCAUCCUAUUGUUUUUCACACUUUGCAGCCAUCCUCAAAAGUGUUCAUUUAAAUCUUUGUGUAAAUUUUACUUCUCAUACUCACAUUACCUGUGCCUUUGGUCAUCAUAGAAGAGAGCACAACACCUGGGAGAUGCAGAAAACCAGUGGCAGGAAACCUGACUGCACUGGAGGUGGACAUCUUGGUGAUUGGAAGGUGGCACAGAUAGGGUCCUGUUGCAGCAUUAAGUAAUGAACUUUUACUUGGCACUUUGUACUCACUCAUAUCGAAUUAAUGCCAGUACUAAUCAAAGUGUCGUAGUAUGCACUAUGUUGAUUUUUGUAACCUUUUCCCAUGUCAGCACUAACUCAUCUCUCUGUUCUCUCACAGGUCUGCCAAGGCUGCUAAAGAGUUAUGCUGGAGGAUGCUAAGGGGUUCUGGAGGGAGGGAGGAGGAUGGUCUGUAAUGCUGACUCACGCAGACUCUCCAUUAGUUCAGAUAUUCACAGCUUGCAGCAGCACAGAUAAGCCAGUCUGUCACAUAGUAAGGAGCACAUCAUGUGAGCAGGUAACAGGGUCAGCAGUGGAGAGAUCCAUCAGAAGCUGCAGAAGAUCUCUAACUCUAUUCAGUUGGCUGUAGAGAGUUUGGACUCAUUAGUGCAAAGGGAACUUACACAACAGAGGUCGGAGCGUGUUUCUCCCUGUGUGCUUCAAAGCAGUGAGCAUCCUAGGUGAGAGAGAUUGGAGGACUUGCUCUCAGACAUGAAUUCCAUGAUGUCUUGGGCAUUUGAGCUGCUUUGUGCCUCCUUGGGAAGAGUGCAGAGAGAAUCAGACAGUUCCAUCCACAGACUCCAUGAUAGGCUGGAUCAACAGUUUACUUACCAUGACUGGCACUUCAUACAGAAUGGAGCAAACUCUCGCCAUGGUGGUUUAACAUCUCACUGAUAUCCAAAGGAAAGUGCAGGAGGAACAUGAGAGGGGGUAUGCAGUUCUAAAGGUGCUCCCACUUCUCACUCCUGGUCACUCCCUCAGCUGCUGACACAGAGACUUCCUGCCCCAUUAAUAGAGUUUGCCUCUGCACAAGUGCUGGUGGAGCAAUUUCUGAUAUGGCACUCAUGGGCUCCAAAUGUUCUCUAAGGGCCUCUUAUCUAUUUAAGUAGGGAAAUGAGCAGCCUGCUUGCAGCUCUGCUGAAACCAUAUGCAUUGUGCCUUGCCAGAGCUACUGUAAAAGAAGUGGAUGAAAAAGACUUAAUCAUUGUACCAAGGAGAUUGUACCAGGUGGCUCAGUGGGUAGCACUGCUGCCUCGCAGCACCAGGGACACAGGUUCGACUCCAGUCUUGGACGACUGUGUGGAGUUUGCAUGUUCUCCUUGUGUUUGUGCGGGUUUUCUCUGGGUGCUCUGGUUUCAUCCUACAAUCCAAAGAUGUGUGGAUUGGCCAUACUAAAUUGCCAGUAGUAUUCAGGGAUGUGUAGAUUAGGUGGGUCAUAGCAGGGUGGGUCUUGGUCGGAUGCUCUGAGAGUUGAUGUGGACUUGUUGGGCCGAAGGGCCUGUUUCCACACUGUAGGGAUUCUAUGAUUCAGUUGGGUGUGUAUGGCAAUGUUAAUCGUGCUAUAUUAAGGUUUAUUCCAAUGAAUGAUGGAACUUGAUUUGAAAUUCAAGUUCUUUUGGCCUGGACUUUGUUGCAAAUGCCAUUCUCCUGAAACAGAAGCCUUCAGGUGAAUGUUAUGAUCAGGUUUGACAAGAAGAAUGAGGUGUGAAUGCUAUGAUUGAAUUGUUGAGUGUCAGAAUGAAUUGUGUUUGGGAGGGGAAGGGGGCUGGUUGCUCGCACAUGCCACGCACACCACACAUAUGCACUCAGAAAAGGGUGCCUAGAUGUUGAGGAAGUGGAAUUUCCUGAGAUUAGUGACUGAACCAAGAGUACCUAGAUUGUCACGUGUUAGCAGCCACUGUAGGGUAGCUGGCAGCCUUCUCUGUUUGACUGGUCACGUCAGUGGAUAAGGUUCACAUAAUUGGUUUGGAAAACAGCCCCUUGUUCUUGAUUUUAUCUGUGUUCCGUGAUCUUUUCCAUUUUUCAACUGCAGCAUCGUCUACAAAGUGCAUUUGUCUAUUGCAAAUUGUGAAAUACUAGUGAUGUCACCUGUGGAUCCCUGGAUGGACCCUGAGGAAAAGAAAGGGGAUGACUAAGGUGAUCUUAACUACCACUGGCAAUGUAUUCUCAGGUAGCCCUCUUGGAAAGAAAUCUUCUUCCAGGGACUUCGCAAAUGUCAGCUAUGACCAACCACAAAAGCAUCAGCCUCCUGCUGUCAUAUUGAGGAAAGUCAACCUCUGUAUAUCGACCUUCAAGGAAUACAUUGCCAAGGCACAUGGCUCUCAGUGUGGGUUCUGCACUCCAGGAAUGGUCAUGUCCAUGUACACCUUGCUGAGGAACAAUCCAACACCCAGCAUGGCACAGUUACAGCAGUGCCUUGCAGGAAAUUUGUGUCGUUGUACUGGAUACAGGCCAAUUGUUGAUGCUUUCAGAGCUAUCUGUACGGCAUCGAACUGUUGCCAGAGGACAGGUCCGGAGGAGAGUUGUCACCUAGGAAAGGCUGAGCAAGAUGGAAUCUUGGCAGAAUCCAGGGACAGUGAUCAGCUUCAGGUGUGUAGCCAGCUGUUCAAGACGGAUGAUCUACUUCCACUGGACGAGACACAGGAGUUGAUAUUUCCACCAGAGUUAAUGCUAAUGGAGGAGAGGCGGGAGAAGAGAACCUUUGUGUUCCGUGGAGAGAGAAUGAUGUGGAUUGUUCCAGCAAAUCUAGAAGAACUUCUUCAAUUGAAAAGUCAAUAUCCCAAAGCUCCCCUGGUAGUGGGAAACACCAACAUUGGUCCUAAUAUGAAGUUUAAGGGUGCCGUUCACCCAGUGAUUAUCCAUCCUGCCAAAGUUUCUGAGCUCCACUCAAUACAGUUCACGGAGGAGGGACUAAGACUCGGUGCUGCUUGCAGUCUAGGCCAUGUGAAGGAUGUCUUGGAAAAAGCCACUGCAGAGUUCGCUACAGAGAAAACUGAAACCUUCCAAGCACUUGUAGAACAGCUCCGUGUUUUAGGUGGAGAACAGAUUCGGAAUUUGGCGUCACUUGGAGGUAACAUUGUGAGUGGAUCCCCCACGUCUGAUCUGAACCCCAUUCUAGCAGCAAGCAAAUGCGUCCUUGAAUUAGCAUCAAAAGGAGGAAGAAGAGAAAUCCAUUUAGAUGAAAAUUUCUUUGCUGGUUUUGGUAAAACGUCACUGAGGCCAGAAGAAUUAUUGCUGUCAGUUUUCAUACCAUUUUCCAGAAAGUGGCAGAUUGUGUUCGCAUUUCGCCAGGCCUCCCGUCGGGAAAAUGCCUUCUCCAUUGUGAAUGCUGGAAUGCAGGUCGUGUUCAAAGAUGAGACGAAUGUUGUUGCUAACCUGAGGAUGUUCUUCGGAGGAGUGGGCCCCACAACAGUGUACGCAAAGAGAUGCAGCAAGGAACUAACUAACCGAUCCUGGGAUGAGAAUCUGCUGAAUCAGGCCUGUGAGAUGCUGCUUGAUGAUAUUUCACUCCCUGACUCAGCACCAGGGGGGAGUGUGAAGUUCCGGAGGACAUUGACCAUCAGUUUCUUCUACAAGUUCUACCUACAAGUGUGGCAGAGACUGCAGCAACUGUUGGGCAAGGAGGAUCCGUUUGGAGUAAACAUCCCAGAGCGAUUCCGUAGUGCAACAAUCCCAUUUUCGAUUAAGCUACCUCAGGGCUUCCAAAGGCUCCAGAAAGCUGUUUUGGAUCAGUUUUCUUGGGAUGCAGUUGGGCAGCCAGUGAUGCACCUUUCUGCGAUCAAGCACGCAACUGGAGAGGCGGUUUACUGUGAUGAUAUACCAAGCCAGGAGGGGGAGCUGUUUUUGGCAUUAGUCACCAGCACUCGAGCUCAUGCAAAGAUUGUGUCAAUUGAUGCAUCAGAGGCACUGCACCUUCCUGGAGUUUUUGAUAUCAUCACAACUCAGGAUAUCCCAGGCAAGAAAAUUGACAUGGAAGAGAUUCUCUGUGGAAGUGAGGUAACCUGUGUGGGACAUAUUAUCUGUGGAAUUGUCGCAGACAGCCAGCUACAUGCCAAGAUCGCAGCUGCAGCUGUGAAGAUAAUGUAUGAAGAUCUGGAACCCCUUGUCCUCACUUUGGAGGAUGCAAUUCAGCAUAAGUCCUUCUAUGACCACUUCAAACUGGAGAAUGGAGAUGUUGAUGCAGCAUUUGAAAAAGCUGACCAACAACUAGAAGGACAAAUCCACAUUGGAGGACAGGAGCAUUUCUACAUGGAAACACAUGGUGUCCUCGUCACUCCCAAAGGUGAGGAUGGAGAAACUGAAAUAGUUUGCUCAACGCAGUAUCCAAAGUUUGCCCAGACACUAGUUGCAGAUACACUGGGGAUUCCAUCCAAUCGAGUCACGAUCCGCGUUAAAAGGAUUGGCGGUGCCUUUGGUGGAAAGGUAGUAAUAGCCUCCAGAAUAGCAGCAAUUGCAGCAGUGGCAGCUCACAAGACAGGCCGUUCAGUACGUUGCAUUUUAGAGAGAGGAGAGGACAUGCUAAUCAGUGGAGGUCGCCAUCCUGUCCUUGGCAGAUACAAGGUUGGUUACUUGACUGAUGGCAGAAUAAUUGCUGCAGAAGUGACCUGUUACUCCAAUGGAGGCAACGAAGUGGAUUGUUCUUUAGUGGUUAUGCAGGAAAUAGUCUCAAAGCUGGACAGUGGCUACUACAUUCCACAUGUCCGCCUGACUGGCUUCGUUUGCAAGACUAAUUUACCAUCAAAUACUGCAUUUCGUGGAUUUGGACAGCCACAGGCAAUUGCUAUUACUGAAAGCUGGAUAACAGACGUUGCUACUAAAUGUGGACUUUCAGCUGAAAAGGUACGUGAAAUAAAUUUAUACAGAGGACAGGAGGCCUGCACACCUUACAAACACGUGUUUGACUCACGUAAUCAGCUGACCUGUUGGAAUGAAUGCCUACAAAUGGCUUCUUAUCACAAUAGAAAGAUUUCUGUCGAGAAAUUCAACAAUCUCAAUCGCUGGAAGAAAAGGGGUAUUUCUAUUGUCCCCCUGAGAAAGGGAGUUGGUUUUUCUGAAUCUACGCUCAACCAGGCUGGAGCUUUGCUCCAUGUUUAUGAGGAUGGAUCUGUUUUGUUGACCCAUGGUGGGACAGAGAUGGGACAAGGCCUUCAUACCAAGAUUCUUCAGAUUGCCAGCCAUGAGCUGAAGAUUCCAAUGUCUGCUAUUCACCUGAGUGAAACCUCCACUGGUAUGGUGCCCAACACCAGCCCUACUGCGGCCUCCUCUGGCACUGAUCUCAAUGGCAUGGCUGUGAAGGAUGCGUGUCAAACUCUCUUGCAGCGACUGCAACCUUUCAUGCAAGAAAAUCCCAAAGGAACUUGGAAGGACUGGGUGGAAGAAGCUUUUAAAAACAAGGUCAGCUUAUCAACAACUGGUUUCUUCAAGGGCGAUGAUACAGUCAUGGACUGGGAGAAAGGUGAAGGAACUACAGCCAGCUACUUCGUAUUUGGAGCAGCUUGUUCUGAGGUGGAGAUUGACUGCCUGACAGGAGACCAUAAGAAUAUCAGGACAGACAUUGUGAUUGAUGCAGGAUGCAGCAUAAACCCGGCUGUGGAUAUUGGACAGAUUGAAGGUGCUUUUACCCAGGGACUUGGGCUUUUCACUAUGGAAGAGCUAAAAUAUUCUCCUAAAGGGGUGCUCUAUACUCGAGGACCAACCCAGUACGAGAUCCCUGCUGUUUGUGACAUUCCAGAACAGCUGAAUGUGUCAUUGUUACCAAGAUCACAAAAUCCAAAAGCCAUCUACUCUUCCAAAGGGAUCGGUGAAGCAGCUGUGCUUGCUGGUUGCUCUGUGUUUUAUGCCAUUAAGGAUGCGAUUGCAGCAGCAAGAAGAGAGAUUGGUUUAACAGGGAGUUUCACUUUGAACAGUCCUUCCACACCCGCACGGAUUCGCAUGGCAUGCAUUGAUCAGUUCACUGAGAUGGUAAGGUUCCAGACUGUGUGCCUGAAUCCAUUCCAUGGGCCAUUGUUGUGUGAAAGAUACUGAAGAUAAAGUCAUCAGCCAGCACAUCAAGUGCUGUGUCAAACAGCGCAUUGUAAUUCCUUAAACGUAGUGAGUGUAUCAAUUUGAUACACAAGCAAUAGAAAUCAGGCAUUAUAUCAUCAGCUUUCAGAUUAAUAGUUCUGAAUUAAAAUAAAUUAAUAUGUAACACAUCAUCAUGGUCAACAAUGUAUGAACCCAUUACUUUGAUUCCAGCUGAUGCUGUUACUGGGCAAUCCGCUCCUAGGAUGAAACUUGGUUUUGUAUAAUCAUAUCUAACUUUUGCAGUUAGUUAAUGUGGUAGUGAGUUUCCAGUUUCUUUUUCUUAUCUGUAGAAAUAAUUUCAAAAUGCUUUCCAAGUCUGCUAUUGUGGAUCUCUUACAAUGCUGAUGGCCUAAACUUUUUCAGUUCGAACAUCUUGAAGAUGGAGUUUAAUCUGGGCAAAUGCAAGGUUUUGCACUUUGGGAGAUCAAAUAUUAGGGAAAAGUUUCCAGUAAAUGAUAGGAUCUCAGGUUCCUAUUCCAUAGCUCCCUGAAAGUAGCCAAGCAAGUAGAUUUAGGUGGUAAAGAAAGCUUAUGGCAGGCUUGCCUUUAUUAGUUGGGGCAUUGAUUACAAAAGUCAGGAAGUGAUCUUGUAGCUUUAUAAAACUUUGGUUAGUGCACGUUUCAAGUAUUGCAUUCAGUUCUGGUUGCCACACCUCAGGAAGGAUGUGGAGGCUUUGAAGAGGCUGCAGAAGAGGUUUAUCAGGAUGCUGCCUGGAAUGUGAGGGUAUGAGCUAUAGGAAGAGGUUCGACAAACUCAGGUUGUUUUCUGUGGUGCGACACAGGCUGAGCGGAUACCGGAUAGGAGUCUAUAAAAUUACAAGAGGUAUAGAUAGAGUUGACAGUCAAAAUCAUUUUCCCAGAGUUGAAAUGUCUAAUACUAGAGGGCCUGCAUUUAAAGUAAGAGGGGAAAGUUCAAAGGAGAGGUGAGGGGAAAGCUUUGUUUACAUGGAGAGUGGUAGGUGCCAAAAACAUGCUGCCAGGUUUAGUGGCGGAUGCAGAUAUAAUAGGGGUGUUUAAGGGGUUUUUAGAUAGGCACAUGAAUGUGCAAGGGAUAGAGGAAUAUGGACCGUAGGCAGGCAGAAGGAAUUAGUUUAAUUUGGUAUGAUGUUCUGUUUCUAUUCAAAGUCUCCCUUUUUGGGAGCUUCAAUGAGCAAUAAAUCACUUCUACUGGUGGCUGAUUCUCUUGACCUGAAUAGGAAAAUACUUACUUCCCCUUUCAGAGAAAAGAUACUAUCUUCUGAAACUAAACUGCAGACUUUUGUGAAUUAACUUUGAACUUUCUGUUCUGAAGUCAAAAUUAAACAAAUUGCUUUAAUGUGUUUGCUCUGCUCAUCAUAAACCCAAGUAUAAACAUUUAAAAUAUUAACACCUUGAGGUUUGCUGAUCUUGGCUGAAUUUGUAUGCCUUCUUACAAAAUUAUGUAUUUAGUCACUGUCCAAAUGUCUUACUGACCCUUUUUUUUCCCAAAACAAAACACCUUGGCCUAACCAAAACCCAUCUUUUUCCAAAAAAUUUCCGAAAUAUAACAUACAUUAUACAUAUUUCAGCACACCAUGUCUAGCAUGUUAUUUUACUUAUUGUGUUAAUUUGGAUAAUUGAGUAUGUUCAGUGCCCUAAUAAAAGACUGAAAUACAGUUUUU